AUGUCCGAACAACGACUAUUCGCCUGCGAGCGGUGUUCACGUCGUAAACAACGAUGCGAUCGCACAAUCCCCGUCUGUCAACCAUGCCAAGAAGCUCAAGCCGAAUGCACUGGGUCAGCGUCCGAGGGGACUGUUAUUUCCGGUAAUGACAGAAUUAUCGCGCGGAAAGGACCUGUCACACGACUGCUCGAGCAAAUUGAGGCCUUGGAGGAGAAGCUUCGGGGUCAUGACCGAGGAGAGCCUGGCAGUGGUAACGCUUCUGCAGCGGUUGAGCAUGAUAGACUGUCACCAGAUGCUGCCGCAGGGCCAUCUGAGCACCAGGACAAGGCAACUUUACCACACUCCCCAAGCAUGAACAUGAGAUUCCUUUCCCUAAGCGCCAUGGCUGAGCCACCUUCUCGUCGUGGCGAGUUCCUCAAACACCUCUCCACUCCGCGGUUAAUCGCAGGCAUCACAAAGACCUACGGUGGUGACCCUGAGUCUACUGCUCGCCCUGACUCACUAUGGGAAGGCAUAUCGACAUAUCUCCACCAUCCACAGGGCAGUAAACAUCGGUUACGUAUCCCCCCAGCAGAUGUGAACAAGGCUCUUGAGAUAUACCUUGCGGUGGUCGACUUUCGCUUUCCACGUCUCGCCGUGGACAAGGUACUAGCGGGCAUCGACGCUAUAUCACACCCCGAGGAGGACCAUUUCAGAAGGGUUGUCGCUACGGAUCCUGCGCAUGUGUUUAUGGCGUACGCUGUCAUAACUAUUGUGCCGCUGGUCAGCGAUUCAUAUCCUAUUUCACAAGGAUCCUGGAUUGCGGUGCAUGUCCUCGGAAAAUGCAUGGAGUUACUCGACAGGGUGUUUAAUCAGGAAGAUGGCCUCGAUAUCAUCCAGUGUCUACAGCUACUUGUUAUCCUUGCCGUGCACUGUUCUGCUGCUGGCUCAGCCUGGCAUCUUUCUAGCUUCGCGAUGAAUAAGUGUAUCGCCUUGGGCUAUCAUCGUGAAGAUGUCAAGUCUGCUUCGGUGUCGCUGUUGGAUGUUCAACAGAGAAGAUGGGCGUUUUGGGGAUGUUAUUUUCUGGAUGUCUUGAUAUGCGCCGCGCUUGACAGACCGCCGAGUAUCGAUGUGAAACAUAUCACCACUCCUCUGCCAGAUUCUGCCUCGAAUUCGCCUAGUCAAUGUGCACAGCAUGGACAGAUAAUCUUGGAUCUCCGAACCUCUCCAUCCGCGACCCAUCGCCUCAUCGCUCGGGAUGUGUAUCACAAGCAACUAUUCCAAUAUGCCCGGCUUCUAUCCCAGGUUAUUAUUGAGACUACUGAAAGUUCCCAAUCGUCACCCCCUUGCGACGACUUCGAGCAUCAGCUCGGGCAGGCCAUCAGUUGGAGGAUCAAUUCAUUGCCCCACAAUGAGCCAGACCGCUGUAACAUCUAUCUCUUCCAGACCUCUUUAUAUAACACCCUCAUACUACGCCUGUCAAUUAGGGAACUGCUGGUUCUAUUUUCUUUUGGACCUGAAUUGCAUGACCCCGAGCCUACACCUGAGGCAAUCACCAUGUUUCUAGGCGACAUUAAUAUCGAGGAGAGCCGGAUGAAGAGAUUGAAGAUUGCACAAAUAUGCGCAGCUGUAGCUCGAAGUUUGGAUCGCGUUCACAUGGCCGGUCGUUCUUAUCUCUCUCUGAUCACUGGCUACAGCUCUUUGACCAUGGCAUUCGCGUGUUUAUACUUAAUGGCUGUUCGAACCAUCGUCAGGAACAGAGUAGGAGAGAAUACCACCUGGCACGCUCCUCAAAGUCACUUGGGGUCAGAUGCUUCAAGUAUGAGAUGGCACACGCCACCACCCUCAGCGCCUUUCCAGAAUUCUGCAGAUACCGUAACAUCAUAUGUCCCCAAUUCCUCACGCUCUUAUCAUCUAUCACCCGAAGGUGAGGCAUGGGCGGAUGGACUUGAGGUUGGUAGUGUCAAUGAUGCAUUUCAUAUUGCCAUUGCUAAAGUUGACGUAGUGGGAAGACAAUUCCCUCGACUCAAUCACUAUGGUCGUAUGGCUCUAGAUAUUCGUAAGCUUCUGAUAUCAAUGUCAAGCCCAGCUUCAGUCUUCUCGUCAGCUGAGGUUAUUGGUGAUCAGCUCGGAGCAAUCAAGGACGGCGCUCGGGAUACUGGACCAAUGUAUUUAAGACAGCUCACGGCCGCCAUCUUGUGUAUAAUCUCUCAGGCUGGACCGAAUUGA